AUGCGGAGCGCCAGAGACAGCGUGCUUCGCGCCGUGCGCGUGAGCCAACCGUUUCGCGGGCGAGCGGGACCCGCUAACGGGCAACGUAACGGACACCAUGUGAAGGAACCGAAACGGAACCGGGCGCGGCGCUUAAGUCAGCAUGUGCGUCUGAAAUAAUUGUGAAUCAUUAAGCCGGUCACUACCUCUUACCUCAACGUCGGUGAACGCACAGGUGCGCGCGCGCUCUACCCGCGUCUAUGGCGAUGGCCGAACUGGAGCGGAAACCCUGCGCACGGGCGCCGGUUCGGGUCGGAUUUUAUGACAUCGAGCGCACUUUGGGGAAAGGCAACUUCGCUGUGGUGAAGCUGGCGAGACACCGGAUCACCAAGUCAGAGGUGGCCAUAAAGAUAAUAGACAAGACCCAGUUGGAUGCUGCAAACCUGGAGAAGAUCUACAGGGAGGUGGAGAUCAUGAAGCUGCUGGACCAUCCGCACAUCAUUAAGCUUUACCAGGUCAUGGAGACCAAGAACAUGCUCUACUUGGUAACUGAGUACGCCAAAAAUGGGGAGAUCUUUGAUUACCUGGCUAGCCAUGGGCGCUUGAGUGAGGCUGAAGCACGGAGAAAGUUCUGGCAGAUCCUGUCAGCCGUGGAGUACUGCCACGAGCGCAGCAUCGUCCACCGAGACCUGAAGGCUGAGAACCUGCUGCUCGACGCAAACAUGAACAUCAAGAUCGCAGACUUUGGCUUUGGGAACUUCUUCCAGCCAGGGCAGCCUCUAGCCACUUGGUGUGGCAGCCCACCUUAUGCUGCUCCCGAGGUGUUUGAAGGACAGAAAUAUGAAGGUCCACAGUUAGACAUUUGGAGUAUGGGAGUUGUCUUAUAUGUUCUGGUGUGUGGUGCAUUACCGUUUGAUGGUCCCAGUCUGCCUGUUUUGAGACAGAGGGUCCUUGAAGGCCGUUUCCGCAUCCCUUACUUCAUGACCGAGGAUUGUGAACAUCUGAUCCGGAGGAUGUUGGUCCUUGACCCGGCUAAGAGGUUGGCUCUAAGCCAGAUUCGUCAGCACCGCUGGAUGGUGCAGGAGGUACCAUCCCCAAAGCCCCAGCUCAACCAGCAGAGCAUGGGGGAACAUAGCGAGCAGGUCCUUCGUCUCAUGCACAACCUCGGCAUCGACCAGCACAAGACCAUUGAGUCUCUCCAGAACAAAAGUUACAACCAUUUUGCUGCUAUCUAUUACCUGCUGGUGGAGAGACUCAAGGCCCACAGAAGCAGUUUCCCUGUGGAACAGCGGCUCAACGGUGCCCAGCGCCGGCCAAGCACCGUGGCCGAGCAGACUGUCCUCAAGGCCUCUGUUCCAGCUCUACAAGCCACGCGCCACCUGCGAUCACCCAUUCUUCUACAGACCUCCACUGAGACGUUCAACUUCACUCAAAGCACUUCUUCUCCAGAGCAGGCCCUAAUGGAGGAGGAGGAGGUGGCUACUCCUAAGGUGGAUGGGUGUCUACUGGAGCCUCUGCCCCCCGUUGUGGUACGUAAUUCUAGUGGCCCAUUUCCAGUCAACGUCACAGAGUCAUCCAUAGAUGAAGGAAUCGAGGCUGAAGAUGAACCGAGCAUCCACUUAAGCCAACAUAGACAAACAGUGUCAGAGGGCACUAACCAACUGGGCACAGUGUCUGCCUCAGGGAAGCUUCUCUCCAUGGCUUUGAACCCAUCUCUGGGUAGCAUGGACUCAGAGUACGAUUUGGGCUCUACAAACAGUGACCUCAGCCUGGCUGAAGACCCUCCACCCCAUGGAGGCACGCUAACAUCGAUGCCUACCAGUCAAGCAGACCCCACCUUCUCUUGCUUGCAACCUUCUAAUGCCACCACCCCACAGGCCCUGAUCUCAGAGGAACGUAAGGCUCAUAAUCAUUCAUCGGUCAGCUUUCGGGAAGGACGACGUGCGUCAGACACGUCUCUCACGCAAGGUCUAGACGUUUUCCGGCAGCACCUCCAAAAUCUUGCCAGGACCAAAGGAAUUCUGGAGUUGAACAAAGCCCAAGUGGUGCUGGGAUCAGGAGAUGGAGACACCAGUUUCCAGCCUAGAAAUCUGGAGCUUCAACAGCAGGGAGAAGCACACCAGUGUCGUAGUGGAAAGGACACAGCAGUGUUCUCAACAAAAAUGCACCCCUAUCUGCUGUCUAGACGGCAGUCGCUGGAAACCCAGUGUCUUGCUCAGAGGCUGCAGAGGGCUAGUCUCCUGGCCAGUGGUGCUGGCAGUGGGCAAAUGUUCUGCAAAGAUCCAAUCUCUCGUACACUGGAGCAGCAACUACAGGAAUACAGACUCCAGCAGAAGAGGCUCCAUCUACAGAAGCAGUCUCAUCUGCAAGCAUACUUCCACCAGACUCAGCUGGCAGAGGACCGGUACCCACCCGAGCAGGAUCACGCCGAUACCUCCCUCACCACCCCGACAUACUCUCGUACACCUCAAACCCUCAGUCCACUCUUGGAGCCUGGCACCCCCUAUCCAGAGAUGCACUCCGUGCCCUCGGACUGUGAGACGACAGAGACUCAACAAGGAGGCUGUGUUCUCGUGAAGUAAAGAUCUUCCCUUUCCAGCCGUAUACACUGGGGCUGGAUCUCAGAAAUAAAAAUGGGAGAACAGCACUAAGCUCUCAUAGACAAGCAAAUUAGUAUGUUGGUUUUGAAACUUAAUGAGACACAUACAUCCCAUUGUGAUCCCAAUUCCAGAGUACGGACUAAGUGUAAAAGUGGUGUACUGUAUCUUUGCUAAAUUAGCUAGAAAAGCACAAUAGGAACACAUGUUCUAGCAAAGAUUCAGAUCCGUGUCAGUAUAAAAGCAAUAUGUUCUCCCAGAAAAGACAGUUUUAUGGUUAUUUCAAUUUACUACAUUUUCAAACUUGAUCAAAUGCUAUUUGUAAUAUGGGAAAGUCAUCUCGAGAAGCAGAAAAGCAGUUCUAAUGUCCUACAGCUUUAAUGUUUGGUUCUACUUAAAGCCUUGUUAUACUUCGUACUACAGCUAUGUCUGACAGCCAACUGAAACAAACCUCAGAGAGCCAAAAGUCUUUCAGAACAGUCGGAGGACCCUAGCUGUCCAUCAGUCAAGAUAAUGGAUAGCAAACAUCAAGGUGUGAUAUGCGAACGUUCACAUUUUAUCGUCCAUUUGACUGAAACGGUGGCAUUUCGUCUGAUGCCGUGUCUGCUGCGCUCUAUCCGAAGUGCCUUUCCAUGGCUCGGAAAGGCAUCGGAAGUCUGUUCAGAUGAAAGUAUAAGUGGGCAUUUAGGCACUUUUUAAAUGUGGCAGAAGGAAACGUCUGUCAAAUCAAGCAAUGUUAAAUUCACUAGUCACUCCAAAUGACAACUAUGAUGUUAGGGUUGUUUCAUUUACCUGGUAUUAAAAAAAGUAAUGCACAUUCUAGUUUAUUCAGUACGCUUACACUGUUUCUGCACACAUCGCAUGUUCUAUUAGAUACCCCAUUAGGUAGUUAUACACUUAUUGCUGUGAUCAUGUGACCACCAUAAGCACAACUUCCCUAAUAUUUUUUGGUGGUUGAUAAUCUUCAGAUUAGCAGUGACACUGAUGGGAUUAGUGCAUGCUUCACUGCCACAGGAGUUCAACGGGUAGCCCCCAUUGAUGCACUGGAUAAAAGGGGCGGUGACAGAUUAUGCAUAGAAACAAAGUCAGUAAUUGUUUACCAAGAAAUCAAUCAUAAGGCCAAGGAGUCUAGCAGGAGGCCAUUUCAGAUUCUGAGUUUACUUAGUCAGGAUGUACAGUACCGUAUUUUCCGGACUAUAAGCCGCAACUUUUUUUCCACGCUUUGAACCUUGCGGCUUAAACAAUGACGCGUCUGGAUUUUUUUUUUUUUUUAAUGGAUUUUUCCCGUUUUCAAUUAUUUAUUUAUUUUUUUUUUAAAAAGCACAUUCUGCGACGUGCUCAGUUUUUUGGCGGCACAAAGCUUUCAUUAGACCAAUGAAAAUGCCGAACGGGUUAACUCUGACACCGAAGGAGAUGACUUCAGUGCUUUCAGUGCACAGGAGGAAGAUAGUGACCAAUGACUUUGUUGGUAGACUACUGUUUACUGCUAAUUUUUUAGUUUUUGUUACAAGCCGUGUUUCGUUAAGGCAUUCAUUAAAUUCCAGGGGUUUCGUUACCACGACGUAAAAGUGGCCGUGUUUCCGGAGGUCUUGGAAAAACGCCCUCUUUAAAAAAAAAAAAGAGCAUACUACGAAGGACAAAACAGUCAUACAGGUAGAUUUAUUUUAGGAAAACAAAUAAACAACCAAAACUACAGUUAUGGUUAAGGUUAGGGUUAGAUUAUCAAAUAGGCCACGCCUACCCGAUGACGCAAUAUCUGUUAUACUGUUCUGAAAUCCCUGGAAAUAAGUGCAUCCCGUUUCGUUAAAGCCUACUUAUUUUUGUUACAAGCCGUGUUUCAUUAAAGCCUGUGUAAAGUUAAUUUGUUUCAACGUACCUGUAGGUACCUGCGGCUUAUAGACGUGUGCGGCUUAUUUAUGUUCAAAAUAAUAAUUUUUUUAAAAUUCAGUGGGUGAGGCUUAUAUUCAGGUGCGCUCAAUAGUCCGGAAAUUACGGUACUUCAUUUUAGUCAUAGGCAUAUCUUUCUCUCUCUUUUGUUUUUUUUAACAGAACUAAAGUCCACUAUGUAUGUUUUAGAGGAUCGAUGGCGUACGACACACGGGCUGAAUCCUUAACGGCUUCCUAUUUUACCCCUAAAUUCCUGCUCCUUAUAUAUUUAAACUGCAUAUUGUGUGAAUGAAAGGCUUCUAUACCCUAGCUGUGUCUUAAAUAUAAGGCCUCUUGUUGUUACCGUACAAGAAUAUUUACUAUCCCAAAGUAUAAUAGCAAUACAGAACAUUUCAGUAAUAGUCCUGACACCUGACGUAGGUGUUUGUAAUCAUUGUGUUUACUUUUUUGCCAGUUUACAAAAAGAUCUCACCGAGAUUUAGUAGAAUUUGUAGUCGAUCUUUUGUUGGCUUUCACUUUGUUUGAAUUAAACGUGAAAGACACUUAAAAGAGAACUCGUAAGUCUUUUGUUCUCUAACUAUCCAUCCAAUAUUCAGCAUACUUGUGGUGUUAAAUGAUAUGUUUGUUGGUCCAGUAUAUAAAAAAAAAUAGCUUGUAUAUCAAAUCUUAAUCCAAACUUCGACAAGCAGCCUGGUCAGUUCACAGCGGAGAUCUCAUUGGAUUUGCAUCCUUAAGCUCUGACUGACCCCAAACCUUAUUAUAGCAAACAAACCCCUGGACAAUAUCAUGACGGAGGGCAACCUGCUACAAACCUGCUCCUUUAAGUAAGCUGUGAGCCAUUAUUGCACUGCAGGAGAGUUGUUU